UUCAUCCCUCAAUAAACAAAUAGAAGCCUAAAUAAAUAGAUUGAACUAUCAAAUAGUUCAUCUCUUUAUAUCCUGUCACCAUGCAGCAGGGGCACAAUUUGCCUCUCGGCAUUGCUGUUCUUGUGCUAAUCCUAGCAUCCAUCUCCCCGGCUUCUUCGCAGAACCAGCAAGCCACCUUCAACAUCGGUGGCGGUGGCGGCGCGGCCAAAAAGCCGAUCUCCGGUGGUGGCGCGGGAGCCGGAGGCGGCGACGGCUUUGACCAGUUCAUCGCCAAGAACGUCGAGCACUUUGCCGUCACCGAGCAGAUCUACGCUAGCAAGGCCAAGGCCAGCGGCGGCAAGGUGCUCGACGCGGAGCUGGCGGCGGCCGAGGCCGCCACGGUGAGGUAUGUCGUGAGCCCCGACGGCAAGGGAAAUUUCAAGACCAUCACCGAUGCGAUCAAGGCCGUGCCGGAGAAGAACAAGAAGAGGACCAUCCUCGACAUCAAGCCCGGCACCUACAAGGAGAAGCUGACAAUCCCGAUGUGGAAGCCGUUCAUCACGUUUGUGGGCAACCCGAAGAACCCGCCGGUCAUCACGUGGGACGACACGGCAGGGACGCGCGGCAAGGACGGCAAACCCCUCGGCACCCUCGCCAGCGCCACCGUCGCCGUCGAGGCUGACUACUUCGUGGCCUCCGGCGUCGUAUUCAAGAACCACGCACCAUUGGCAAAGGCGGGUCAAGAGGGCGGGCAAGCGGUGGCGCUGCGGUUGUUCGGCACCAAGGCCGCCUUCUACAACUGCACCAUUGACGGCGGGCAGGACACGCUCUACGACCACAAGGGCCUCCACUACUUUAAGAAUUGCAUCAUCCGAGGGAGCGUCGACUUUAUCUUUGGCUUCGGGAGGUCCCUCUACACGGACUGCACGAUCAUGUCGGUGACGACGGAGAUAGCAGUGCUGACGGCGCAGCAGCGGAGCAAGGGCAUUGACGAUAAGGACGCCAUCGAGAGCGGGUUCUCGUUCGUGCGGUGCAAGAUCUUCGGACUGGGCCAGAUCUACCUCGGAAGGGCAUGGGGGGACUCGUCGCGGGUGGUCUACUCCUUCACGGACAUGAGCAAGGAGGUGGUGCCCGUCGGCUGGGACAAAUGGAAGGUCGAGAAGCCAGAUCGGAAGGGUGGUGUAUUCUACGGGGAGUACAAGUGCAGCGGGCCCGGGGCCAUGUCCAACGAGAGGAUCGGGUGGGCGCGGGUGCUCGACGACGCGCAGGCGAGGCCCUUCACCGGCUCGCACUUCGUCUACGGCAACUCCUGGAUCCUACCCCCGCCCAAAAGCAACUUUUAGGUUGCUCAAAAAACUCCAGCGGCUGAUACUACAGAGUAUUUGGGAGCACUUCCAUAUUUUUGCCCGCACGUGCAACAAAUAUGCGAUGACCACAGGGCUGCUGCAAAAUAGACCGAAGCCAUGCGGAGCCCAACUGUCACGCUGAAAUUUUCGACCAUCGCACCUGCCACCAUCCUACAACUGCCGCUGGCGGGAUCUCCACCGCCAUGCCGUGUGUCCACCGUCCAUACCCGUCUCAGCCAACAGAUGGGAUCUUCGUGGAACAGGAGCUUACGGCGGCGAUAAAAUUCUUCAGAAAAUAUGGCGAAGGGUUUUGAUGUUUAUAGAGAAUUAUGGCGGUGGAAUCAGGUCAAGGCGGUGUAAGGGGGCACACAUGUCCAGGUGGCUCACCCUUCCCUAGGGCACGCGGGGCGGCCGUGUGGGCCCUUGGCUUCUUGUCUCGAUCUCUUCCGAAGCUUCAUCUGGGUACUUUGGCACGCAUGACUAUAUCUCGCUUUAUGUAAGACAAUAGCAUGUCUUGCCUCAAGCAGCCGCCAAAAUGGGCCGGCCCUGCACGG